GUUGUAGUGUCAUUUAUAUGACACUUAUUUUACCCGAAAACGGUUGCAAUGUAACCUCUUCUCUCUCUUCUCUCUCUCUCUCUCUCUCUCUCUCUAUGCCACCUCCUAUUCUCAUGCAAGUUAACCCUCAAAAUCUCUGCAAUAUAACUUUGCCAACCUCCUCCCCUCUACGACCACCGCUCCCCAUCUUGCAAUGGAGGGGCGGGUCCCACCUGCCGCGGCAGAAUCCACCGACGACCCUCCUCCUCCACCGCCACAACCACUUUCGUCCGAUGACACGAAAGAAACCUACAUAGUCCAGAUCCCAAGGGACCAGAUCUAUCGCGUUCCACCGCCUGCGCAUGCCAAGAUCGUGGAGAGUUACCGCAACCCUAGUCGCCAAAGAGAUGGUUGUGGAGGCAAAUGUGGCCUAUGGAUUGUCGUCGCCCUCGUUUCCCUUGCCGCCAUUGUGGGGAUUGGCGUAGCGAUCGUUCACAUGUUUUUUACUAGCCCUAAAACGCCUGAAUUCUCCGUCACCAAAGUCCUUGUCAAGAACCCACCAACGUCGCUUGCCAAACACACGCACCCUACGUAUGAGAUCUCUCUGCAAGCCGGUAAUCCAAACGAAAGAAUGGGCAUUUCUUACGAAGAUGGCGGAAAAGCCUCACUUUCGUUCAAGAAGAAAAAGAUCGGUGGGGGAGAAUAUCCGUCGUUAUCCCAAGACGCAAAGGAUUCAACGACUGUUCGGAUACACCUAGCUGGCUCAAACGGGGCAUUGCCUAGCGAGAUUGAGAAGAGCAUGAAGGACACGAAAUCGAAAACACCGGUGUCUCUGUCUCUAACGAUCGAUGUCCCUGUAAAGCUGAAGAGCUUCAUACCAAAGAGCCAAGAAUUGACAGUCACUUGUGAUUUUAAGGUGAGCACAUUGGCUUCAGGCGCGAUGAUUUUAUCCCAAAAAUGUGAUGCAAAGUUCUAACCCUAAAAUGUGGGAGAGGUGAAAUUGUUGUUGCUUUGUCAUGGCCAUGCAAAUUUUCCGUUCACUUUUGGAUUUCAAGCCUAUCAUUUUGAAUUCGUGAUGCUUUUCGUUUAACGUGCUUUUCUUUUAAGUCUUCUAAGGCAGGUUUGCCACAACGAGAUAGACUUAUACGUUGUAUUUAUUUCACCAGAAGAUCUAGUUGAGAAACCUUAUGAAGAGAAACACUACAUUUAGACGUGGUU